UUGACUUGCUGAGUGGACUAAAGAUGGGGGAGCAAGGUGGUUGGCAAGAAGCUAACAGAGGAGACUGGGGAGCCAUCUUGGAUUCCCAGACCCAGAUGGGUGCAGCCAAGGGCCCGGGGGACAACAUCACAGAGCAGGCCAGGACCAGAGGCGAAAUAGUGGAGUCUGCAAUCCAUGAAGACCUGCUGAUAUCCGAUGUUGCUGGCGGGAGAGAUUGGACCUCUGAAGCUGCUGGUCAUAAACCCUGGUCCCGGAUCAGGACAAUGGAUCAGGAGCCGUCACUCUUCCUUCCUGAGUCGGAACCAGGACCCAACCGUGAGGGACAGAGACUCCAUCACAACCACUACACAGAACACAAUCAGUGGACAGGUGGACUGAACAACCUCAGUCCUGGUGGUCAUCAGAGAGACAGAGGCUCCAGUCUGCAGCCCAGACCCUUCUCUUCACAGUCUCAGUGCAGGGAUGAAGCAGGGCCUGGGGCUGAUAGAGAUAGACCCUCCUGUUCCUAUGAUACAAACACCACAGUAUCCAUGAUGAACAGAGGUCACCUUGGGCUUCAGAGAGUGGUGGGAGACACCCCUGGUGGGAGUCUAACAGGAAGUCUGUCUUCCCCUUCAGGAUCUCGUCUAAUUCCUGGUGAAUGGGUUCAUAGAAAGCCUGGGUCUAGCCUUCCUCAGUUAUCUCAUGGUUACCCCACAAAUAUAGACAGGGUCAGGAUGGGUAUUCACCAUGAGAGGUACCUAGCCUAUAACACAGUACACAAUCCCAACAACACCCAAACAAUGGCUAGAGGUCAAGGAGGGAGCUCAAAGACUAACCACCUGAGGGUGGUGGCUACUGCUUCUACCUCCACUGGUGUCAUUGGGUCACAACGUGUGAGGCCGAGCAUUAGGACGGAUGCCGGCAAGACCUAUGCUUGCCCCACGUGUGAGAAGCGCUUCGCUCAUGCGAACUAUGUGAAGAGGCACCAGGCCGUUCACACCAAGGAGAGGCCCUUCAAGUGCAAACUAUGUUACAAGAGCUUCUCCUUCCUGACUAGCCUUAUCAGACAUAGGAGUGUCCACAAUGGGGAGAAAUCGUAGCAGUGUGGCUUGAUAUAUACACAGGGGAUAUCUGGGAACCUUAUUAUAGUUAUCAUGUGGAGUGUCUUGGGGUAAGAGUUUUUUUAUUUUAUUACUAAGUCCCUCAGUUGAGCAUCUGAGGGAUAUACUACGAUUGAAGCUAGAUCGACUCUGGGUUUUCUAAAGCUAGCCUGCUUCAGUUAGCUUCACAUUUCAGGUCAGGCUCCAUCCAUACUACGACAGUGGAUAUUGCUUGUCCGCCUGCUGCUAACUCUAGCAGGUUUGUAACUGCGCGUGCAUGAUGUCUCACGUGGCUACUCGAAUGCCGAACUCUUCAUUGAGACAAUGCUGAGAUUGUGCCUAAAUCAAAAUGAAAGAAAACUUAUCUUGCAAA